CUCUUAACUGCUAAUAGCACUUGGGCAAGAUCUGAAAGACAGUUAAUAAGUGAAAAGUUGAGUAAUGAUAGAGGCACUUCAGCUAAAGCAGCUCUUAAUGCUCAAUCUAUCAAAUGCAAAAGUUGGCCUGAAACUUGGAAGUC